CACUCAGAAUGUGUCAUUAGUGAUGCACGGUUUGCUCUGAACACGAGGAGGGAGCUGCGUCUGGACGGGUGCUGUUAGUGAUUCUCACAGCUGCUUGCUCAGUUAGCGCAAAUUAGCACUUUGGAGGAAAAGCAGCACUUCUUUGCAGAAUAAUUUGAGUCUUGAGAGAGAAGACGAUACAUGAUUGGUUGGUUUGAUACACCAAAGGAUUCGACUUUUGGCGGGCAUAUUCUUCCUCGCUGGGAGUCGUAAAGUUGCCAUGUCCCUGAGGAGGUUGCUCUCUGGAUCACUGCACUUGUUGCAGCACAGGACUUUGCUCCCAUCCAUCAAGAAUAGUAUUUCGACAUGUGCUGUUUGAUGUUGCAAACAAAUGCCUUCGCAAAUGAGUUAAAAAGAUCCAUUUGAAGUGGAAAAAAUGCUACCGCAAGAAUUAUUUGAGUUAUUUUCCACUUUGCCUUAAGUGGAAUUGUAUCUUAAUGAAAUGUGCACGGAUGGCAGUCUGCGAACUGGAACCAUUUACCAUAAUUUCACUGGUGAUUUGAUGUUCUUCAUUGAUAUAACGAUGUUCAUUGAGGAUCAACUUGACUGAUACUGCCAAACAGAAGUUGAUAGCUUCCAAGAUAUGACUCGGUCCAAACACUUCAAUGCCUAAUUCAGCAUUUACUAUGUCUUACAAUGAACACACUGGGACCACAGUUCCUCUGCCACGCAGAGACAUACAGCUUGAGCUCCCACCUGGGAGUCUUUACGACAAUGGAUCCCUGUCCCCAUCGCCGGACUCCUCCAGUAGUGUCUCUACUCGCAGUGACAGAGAAGCCAGCAGCUCUCCUGACAUCAACAUGCUGGACCGUUGCAUCACAGAAGGCUUUCUUUUGAAUAGCUUGCAAGGCACUGCCCUACUACAGCAGAAUUUGUUCGGUGACACAAGCAUGAGCCUGUCCCAAACAUGUAUCACCACUUCUCUCGGUGAUCAUGUGAAUUUUGACAAUAAAAACUUGAGCUCACAGGGCAACCAAGAGACACAGGAGUACUGCUCUUUCAGUCGGAGCAAGGGAAAUGUAAGUGAUAAGAAAGUGACUUCUCCAGACUCUGCUGGGACAGGGGAAGAAGGCCAAAUCAGUUCAUGUGAGAGUUCUCGGCAUGGAUCAGCUGAGAACGACUGCUUCUCUAUGAGCUCUGGAGAAAUGGUGAUAAGGAGCAACAGUUUUUGUUUGGCGGACCAGUCCCUCUUGGUAUUUUCUUCCCUCGAUGAAUCCUCCAUCUCACCAGUCACAGCGCUUGCAGAAUUUCAGAAUGAAGCAAAGAUUUUGACCACGCCCACCUUGCCAGAUGUGUGUGAGAAUGUAGCUGAGGUGAAGACAGAGCAUUCAUACCUUGGCAUGACUUUUACCCUGGCAGACCACUGGGAGCUGCCUGAGGAAGACAAUUUGAGUGCGGCUACCUCUCCUGUGGUUCUGCCAGGUGGAACUCAGGGAGGUCUUUUCAUGACCUUUUUGUGCGAAGCAUCUCCAGAUGAUAAACCAGUUCAACUGACAAGUAUGGAAGCAGCGGUGGCACCUUACUCUGCGGCAUUCACUCCAGAAAAAGGCACGACCUUUGUGCCCAAUCUGUCACCUAUGCAUGAUCUGAAUAAAGAUAGUCAGACUUCCACACCGGUACCAAACACUGGCAUUAAAAUACUUCCCUCACUUUCCGAAUCUCCUUGCACCAAAAGUACAGGCAGUCCAAGAUUAUUACCAGCUGAAAAGCAGCGAAAAUCUGUCACUUCCACAAAUUUGGCCAUGGGACUGUCUCAGCCUGCCAGCAAAGUCAAUAAAAUAGAGAUUAAGAAGUGUCCUAAAUCAGACUUGAGUAAUGCAAAAUCUAAAGUUGUCGCUAGAACUGUAGGUUCAGGAUCUUCUCUACAACAGAAACAACUGCAAGCAAAUUUGCACAGCAAACACAUUGAGGCUCCUAUAGGUACCAAGAGCAGAAAAGGAAUUCAUACUAAUGCCUUUGUUUCUGCCACUGAUAAAAGAGAAAACAAUGCCCAGAAACAAGUCAAUCCAAGGGGUGCUCCCUUGGGUGUGACAAUCAUACAGUCACCUGAGGAUAGUGCGGGGAAUGGAAAGUGCAACAGUAGCAUAUCCACCACAGCAAGUGAAACUGCUCAAACAGCAUGUUUCAGCACUGUCAGCUCUGAGAAUGAGCAAACGGCCUCAUGCCAAGUAGUAGACAUUCCAUCUCACUGCACUGGCAACCAAAAUGUCUCUCUGUCAUCCUUUGAAACAUCUCCUGAUAAAAGUGUGCAGAAAGAUCUUAAACGGACUCCCAAGAAGCACACGUCAAACAAAAUUGAGGUCAAGUCAAGCUCAACUUUGAGUUGCGUCAAAACAAGGCCUCGAUGCUCAUCAGAGAGUUUACCAUGUUCAUCUCGGACACCUAAGGAAAGGAUAACAACUACUAAGUUCUCAAAUAACAUUACAUUCCCCAGAAAUGAAAAACAAACCAAACCACGGACUCUAAGCAACUCUUCCCAGAGUAAACUGACCUCAUUGGCUGAGGGCACAAAAAGAGCUGUGGGCAACUCCACAAGAGAAGUUAAUAAGAUCAGCCUGGUGACAGAAUCUGGCAGAGCACCUGGAUCCUCUUUGGAUCAGACUAAGAGCAGGGCUCGAGGACAGACAUUUCCAAGACAAUCACGAGGGACAUCACUUUCACAUCUUCCAACUGCCAGUCCCAGACCUGCUAGUCAGUCUGUCAGGCAGAGACAAGUAACCAGUUCAAGGGUUGAUUUCAGGAUGCCUAAAAGUGUAGGCACGCCACAGUCUACGCAGAAUAGCAUUGCAGCAGGCAGUCAGAGGGCUCAGGCAACAGGAGAGCAGUCCCUUGAAGCAGCCUCAUCAGCAAGUGUUAAGCCCCAGCUGAAUGGAUCCCGACUUCCUCAGACUCCCACGCGCUCGUCUCUUAUGGGCCCUCCCCCUACUCCUACCUCUCGACUACCUCGCAAGACCCCAGUGCCAUCCAGGAGCCAAAAUGGAGGCAGUGUGGGCAGAGAUCGGGGUGAAGCUUCUGGAGGUGCUGGACGUAAACAAACCACUGUCAAGACUGUUGGAUUGAAAGCAAGACUCUUACCAAACCCUGGAAAAAGCAAUGGACCAAUUGUCAGUGACUCUGCCAGAAAGUGUUCUCCAGUCAUGCCCUCAACAAGCACGCCUGCUCCUAUUACCAGCAAAGGAUCUUGUACUUCUACAGCGAGCCCUUUGAAAAGAUCUGCUUCUUCCAGAUUAGUUAAUCUAACACCAAGCAGACCAGUGGACAACAACAAUCCAAAGGCCGGUUGCCGCCAGCAACCACCUCUGCAGCAAGUGUCAACAUCUCAAUCAAAGCAGAAUAAUGGACGCCCAGAUGUGGUACCACCUAGUGUCAAGCAGGGUGACAGAAAGGACCAAAGGAUCCAACAUCUCACAGAACUACUUGCAUCCUCCAACUGCAGAUUUGAGGCAGUUACCGUUGUGUUGCAGCAAACUCUGGCUGAGCGUGAUGAAUCCAUGGGGCGGUGCAAAGAACUAUCUCAGGAGCUGGUCAGUCUCCGAGGAGAGCUGGUAUGCUCCGUUAAUUCCUCUGAACGGCUGGAAAAGGAGAAGCAGGACUUGCAGAAUGCUCUGGACAAUGCAAUGCAGAGAUUGAAAGAGCAGCACCAGCAGGACCUGGAAGAGGUGGAGCAGAGACUGCAGGUCUUCUACCAGGCUGAGUGCGACAAGGUCCACCUCAGCUACCAGGAGGAGGCAGACAAGUGCAAAGCUCUGCUACAGCAGCAGAUGGCAGAACUUGAAUGCAGCCAAAAUGCCGUGAAGCUGGAAUUGGAGCACAGCCAUAUAGAGCAGCUGCAAUGUGCUAAGCAGCAACAUGAACAGUCACUACUAGAGCUCGGAAAUAUCCACAAUCAGCAGCUGGAGUCUUUGAGUGCAAGUUUGAAAGCCACAGAAGCUACUCUGUCUGCACAGAUUGAAGAGCUGACUCAGCAGAACGCUGCCAUGAUGGAGAAGCUAACAGCAGAGGAGAACAAGAGGAUGGAGCUCGUUGAGAGUCAGAAGGACUCGCACACUGUGUAUCUGGAGCAGGAGCUGGAAAGCCUGAAGGUGGUGCUGGAUAUCAAAAACAAACAACUACACCAGCGGGAGAAGAAGAUGAUGGACGUUGACAAACUUGUUGAGAAAAAUGUGAAGUUGGAUGAGAGCCUUAAAAGGGUCCAGCAGGAGAACGAGGACCUCAAAGCUCGCAUAGAGAGGCAUGCCACACUUUGGAGGCAGCUGUCCACAGAGCAGGCCAUGCUGCAGGAAUCCCUCCAGAAGGAGUCCAAGGUGAACAAGCGUUUGUCCAUGGAGAAUGAAGAGCUGCUGUGGAAGCUCCACAACGGAGACCUGAGCAGCCCUCACAAGGUGUCCCCCACCUCUAUGUCUCCUUCCCACUCCUUCAGCCUCCAAUCGCCUCGCAGUCCUGGCACAUGUUCUCCUCCCCCUCUCUCGCCCAGAUAACGGCGGCCCCCCUGCUUCCAGGAAGCAAACAGUCCUGUUGAAGUCGCCCCUCUUGGUGGGGACGGCUUCUUCAGUCAUUACCCACAGAGACACAAACUUGAUGAAAAUGAUGCACACAAGCACUUAAUAAGCAAGGCCACAUUGUUCUUUUGGCUGUCAGGUCUGUAGAGGAGUCGUCGGGAGGGGCAGUGAAAGGAAUCUCAGGAUUUGUCAUGGAACACUAUUUUUCUUCCUUGUCACCACUGGAGUCACUCACACACUGCAUGCACCAUUUCACCAUUUUGUGCACGAUUGACCCGCUCAACGUUCGUGAUAUCAGUGAAGCGCUGCUCACCAUUUAUUAAUGUCGUUAUUCCUUUAGCUGUUGUGGCAGGUGCAGUCUAACACCUGGUGGCCUUCCCCAUUUUUGUUUGUUUGACCAAGGGACCAUUCCACAUUCUAUGCGUGUGUUUGAGUCUUGGCACACUUCGCCCCCUCCUCGUUAAAAACACAGCUUUAAAGCCGGGGUCUUUUGGCAGGAAGAGACUUUGCUGCAGCACGGCAUCUUGGAAUCGUCUCCAAAAUAGAAUUUGUAUGAAAAUACUAUUAUUGGUGUGUUGACCCUGUUUGAAAUAUGCAAUUAAUAAAGUUAAGUUUUAAACCUGAUAUAGUUC